AUGUCCCGCCCUGGUACCACGCUAUACGUCACGGGCUUUGGCCAUGGCACCCGAGCUCGCGACCUUGCCUACGAAUUCGAACGCUACGGGCGUCUUGUCCGAUGUGAUAUUCCUGCACCACGUACUCCCUCCAGCCGCCUGUUUGCUUUCGUGGAGUAUGAGAGUCGCCGUGACGCAGAUGAUGCCUAUCAUGAGAUGCACAACAAGCGCAUUGGCCGUGAUGAUUUAUUAAAAAUUGAAUGGGCUAGGACCCCCCCUUCUGCCUCUUGGCGCUUCGAUUCCGGCCGUGACCGCCGCCGAGACCGCACUCCUCCACGCCGUGGUCGCUCCCCUUCUCCCCGCCGUGCCCGUGGAGAGUACUCGCCGCGUAGAGACGAUAGGUACGAGCGUGACUAUGAUCGGCAUGAUCGUGAGUACGAACGGCGUGACCGAGAUUACGAACGGCGAGACCGUGACUACGAUCGCCGGGACCGUGAUCGUUCUCGCGACCGUUCCCGCAGCCCCGACGAAAGGGAUCGUGACAUCAAGGACGACCGAGAAAGACGCGAUGAUGAACGCGAGCGACGCGACGACGAGCGUGAGAACGGGCCCAAUGGUGAAGACAGGAAGGUUCCUUUAGAGCCCUUGACGUCUGCUCACGAUGAGCUUGAUACUGCUGAGUAG